AUGGAGAACCAAAACGACUGGCAGGGCGUCUCGCUAGCUCUUCUAAAGGAUCCUCACAACUUCAAACUUUGGCAACAGUUUGUUUACACUGUUGAGCAUCAAAAUGGCACCCGUUUGGACGUGACCUCUUCGGAAGCACAAAAGACGCUUUUGCGCCAGGUCUACGAGUCCUUUCUUCGCAAAUAUCCAUACAUCUGCAAGUACUGGAUCAGUUUCGCCGGUUGGGAACGCAAACUUGAUGGUGUAGACCGCGCAGAAGCAGUGUUUCAACAGGGGCUACGGUUCCUAUCUCUGGACCUCCAUUAUUGGGUCGCUUACCUCAAUUUCCUCGUGGAGACAAUCAGCAGCAAUGUAGAGGAGGUGGCUGACUUGUUUGAGCGGGCCCGUGAGAAAAUCGGGUUCAAUUACUAUGCAUACGAGUUCUAUUCGUUGUACAUCGAAUUCCUUAAAACAUACCACACAUCAGAGAAUAAGUUUUUGGACAAAUUGGCACUUCUCUUCCGUUUAACAAUGGAAAUCCCACUCUACGACUAUUCGAGCCUCUACAAGGAACUCAUUCUGUUCGUCCAGCCCCAGAAACAAUCGUUAUCUCAUCUCACCUCAUUCUUAGGCGAGGCCAACCUCAAAACUAUGCGCAAAGAAUGUAACAACAACAACAAUCUUAUCCUACAGAAGUUGAACAAGAUUAUUACCGAUGCAUACAUCGUGGUGCAGUCUCAAAGCUUCGAGAUCUAUGCCUUCGAGAAGGAAAUCCCAAGUCCUGUCAGCUACACCCCUGAGCGGCUUCUGGCUGCAACUAGAGAGCUGUGGCAUCGAUAUCUAUCAUUUGCUGAGUACAACUUCCCCUUCUCAUAUGUAGCACAGCUUUUCGACAGAUGUGUCUAUCUCACUUCUGACUACACCGAGUUCUACGAAAGUUACGUUGAUUAUUUGAUCAAAUUUGACAAGCUCAGCUUGGCGAAAAGCGUUUUAAAUACCGGGUGUGCGUCUGUCUCCAGCAUUGGAGGCACUGUUCUUCUUCUCAGGCUUGUGGACCUAGAAAUUUACGAGGGAAACGUCAUCAGGGCACGAGACUUACUUGCGUCAUUCAUCGCUCACAACAAGUCCACGCCGCUUUGCAUCUACGAUAAGCUUCUUGAGGUGGAGGCGCUUUUGAGCCGCAACGACGAGCAGCACCUCUGUCUAUUGGCCAAGGAGCUCAUCAAAGCCACCAAGUCAACCACAUAUUUCCGCAAAAUCGCCCAGUUUGACAUCUCGAAUAAGACACUUGCGGAGUUCUUUCUUCUGUUUAUAUCCGACCCUCAAGAGCUCAAACUCGAAGAGUCUAAGAGCUUUUGGGAGCAGCUCCAGAAAUGUGCAGACAACAGCCAGCUUGAAUCCGUUACAAUCCCCGAAUCUUUUGCAAAGCUUUCAGCAACAACAUAA